AUGGCAGUGGAUCAGAUCAGUCGUGAUCGUCUUAUGCAUCAGAUUAGGGAUGCUAUGUGUCGUUCGUCGAGUGCAGAUUUAUUGGUGUUUUACUUGACAGGAAACACUGACGGCGAAAGAUUGAAGGUUUCUUUGCAAAGUGAUACAGAUUUAUUUCGCUUACUUUAUGAGCAAAAGGACAAUCCAAUGGUUUACGUCACCAUUAGAGAUGAAUAUUCUUUACCCAAUGUAAAUGUGAACGUGGCAGGCAGCAGCUCGGCGCCCCUACAUGACACAACGCCACAUUCUGAAUCAGAUACUCCAGACGAAGAGUUCGAUGCUUCAGACGAAGAUGAGGAAGCUAAUUGUCGUGCUGAUUUGCUUCAGAGUAUGCAAACUGAAGAUAACGCUUGGAUACGUCAGCCACCACAGAAAAACUUCUCGUCUGAUGAUCAGGCUAACCGAGAGGAUCCUGACGGUGUAGAGCGUAUACAGCGCAAUUGGAUUAUUCCGGUUCCAGAACUUGAUAGUGUGCCAACACUAGGAUGGGAAGAAGUUCUUGCACCAGACAUUGGAAGCCUUGUAAAGGAUGCCUUAUUUCGGUCCAAGAAUGAGUUGAUUGUUGUUGUAGGAAUCUAUCACAUGGAAAAUCGAGUGGAAUAUGCCACCCAACGUUCUAGCAAGACACGUUUGGCAUUCGUAUGCAAGCAUAGCGAAGAUUGUUCGUUUAAGAUGCGUGCCAGGAAGGGUGAAUCAAUGUGGAGGAUUACAAAUCUGACGUUGGAUCAUAGUUGCUAUACGGACUUGGAUCGAAGGGUUGCAAGACAGGUGACUGCAAAAGUUGCAGCUAGUUAUUUUGCUCGCAGAUUGGUUGCAGAGGGGUGUGUUUUGAGGCCGAAGGAGAUGGUCGAUGAGAUGCUUCGAUUACACGGGAUUAAAAUGAUGUAUAGCCUUGCUUUGCGAACUCGAAGCUUAGCUAUAGACAUGACAUAUGGCGACUUCGAAAAGUCAUAUCAGAGGAUCCCGUCGUAUCUGUACUUGUUGAAGGAGCGUAACCCUGGGACUAUAUAUGACUAUCAAACGACUCAUGAAGAUGUGUUCCUCCACAUGUUUGUUGCCCUUGGUCAGUGUAUUCGUGCAUUUGAAAGCUCUCUACGGCCGAUUAUUGUAGUAGAUUGGACCCAUCUGAAGGGAAGAAAUAGAGGCGUAUUAUUUGUUGCUGUCACGAAGGACGGGAAUGAAAAAAUCUUUCCUCUUGCAAUUGGUUUGGGUCCAAUAGAGAACGAUGAAUCUUGGACAUGGUUUCUCUCUAACCUGCGUAGGUGCUACAAUCCUCCUGAAGGUCUCAUGAUUGUGUCCGACCAGCAUAAGAGUAUCCAAAAUGCUAUUGGGUCUGUAUAUCCAAAUGCAGCGCAUGGAUUGUGUUAUCACCACUUGCAUAAAAAUUUGACACGAAUUGGCAAGGAAGCAUUAAUCCACUUCAAGAAUGCGGCAUAUGCUUAUCGAGUUGAAGGUUUUGAAAAAUUCUUUUCGGAGUUGGAGUUGCAAAGCCAUAGCGCUCAUACGAGACUUUUCCUUAUUGGGGUUGAGAGGUGGGCUAGGUCGAGAAGUCCAGUACCUAGGUAUAGUUUCAUGACAUCUAAUGCUGCCGAGGUCUUGAAUUAUCGUCUACUGUGGGCAAGACGGCUUCCAGUAUCCUCAUUGCUUGAGACUUUUCGCACUAUUGUGGAAAAAUGGUUUGAUGAGAGACGGGCCAGUGCUAUGUCCAGACAACAUGAGUUGACAGAGGCGGCUUACAACAAGCUGGCGGUGCAAGUCGAACUCAGUCAUCACCUAAGAGUGUAUGAAACCACUACACAUAUUUAUAAGGUCGAAGAGGAAAAAAGAAUUCACCAAGUUGACCUUGUGAGUCGUACAUGCGAAUGUCGUGAGUUUGAUGAGGAUAAGAUUCCAUGUCGUCAUGCUGUUGCCGCUAUUAGACGUGCCGGAUUAAAUGUGUAUGAUUUUGUUAGUGGCUAUUUCAAAACAAGCAACUUAAUCGAGACUUAUGAAGCUCCUAUUAGAGGUAUCCCACAUCCCGAUGAGUGGAAUGUUCCCUCAGAGAUCUCAUCAAUCGUCGUCCACGCCCCGGCUCACAUCCGUCAAUCCGGACGUCCGAGUAUGAGUCGUUCUAGGACUGCAUUUGAGGAGGAGUCGAUAAGAAGACGAAAACAGGUGUGUGGAAGGUGUAAGGAAAGUGGUCACAACAGGCGCGUUUGCACAGCCCCUACCCCAAUAAGUGGCGUCAAUUUGAAUGAACCUCCGGAAGAGAAUGAACCUCCGGAAGAAAAUGAACCUCCGGAAGAGAAUGAACCUCCAGAAGAAAAUGAACCUCCGGAAGAAUCAACCACAAAUCAAAAAGGGCAAGAAAGACGUCGACGAGCCAAGAAAUGUAGUGUUUGUCGUAGUUCGGAUCACAACAAAUCAAAAUGUCCGGAGCGCACAGACCAAAACAAUUCAUGA